AUUUUGGCGCCCUAAAUUUCCUCGGCGAACACACUAUUUUCUGAUUGACUUCCAGUGACCGUUCAGAAAACGAACGCAAAACGGAGAGAAUAUACAACUUCUUUCAGAAAAUGGCUCGUAGUAGUACUUGGGAUGACUACAAGUUCCUUCAAAUAGUUGAUGCGAGGGCUGCAAUCAACCAGAAAGUUAAUCUCAUUGGCGUCGUUGUCGAAACCGGUCUUCCCAAGCAAUCCAGGGGAACUGAUUGCUUUUGCUCCAUUAAGGUCAUUGAUGAGUCCUACCCAAGCCCAGGGAUUUCAAUCAAUUUUUUUACCGAAACUAUGGACAAGCUUCCUCAAGUGCUGACUGUUGGUGAUAUAAUUCAGCUUUCUCAAGUUGUGAUGAAAACUCACGGACCGGAUAUUUAUGCUUUGUUCAACAAGAAGUUCUCUACAUUUGCAAUAUUUGACCGAAAAAAUAACUCAAAUUUCCUCCCUUACCAAUGGUCUCCGAAGUAUCAAGCCAGAGAGGAAGACAAGAAAUUUAUACUGGGUUUGAUGAAGUGGGUGGCUGAUCACAAGAUUGAUGCAGGUUUGGCUGAUUUACAUUCGUUGCAAGAGAUCAGAGAAGGAGAGCGUUUUAAUUUGGUCUGCAAGAUUGUUCACGUAUGUGAAGUUGAAAAAGACAAGUGGAUGCUUCUCGUCUGGGAUGGCACGGAUACUCCCCCGGUCACUAUCAAAACAAAGCUAGAAGUUGAAAUGGAAAACCCACUUCCGCUGCAGCCUGUAGAUUUCACUUUGCAAAGAGAUAUUCUCUGUACUUUACCACCUCUUGGAACUGUCUUGAGGGUAACCGUUGAUCGCUGCAACGAGAAAGUUGGCAUUAACUUUCUCAAGAGCAAUCGAUGGGUGAAGUUGAUUAACAUUAGAUGUGAACUUGAUACAGCAUUGUGGCAUGCUGUCCUAAUGCCCUUUACUAGGGUUUGCUACUUAUCUGAUGAAGAUGACAUUGUUUUACAACGCAUGAGGCAGUAUGAUGAGCGUCGUAAAUCUAAAUGGGGAUGGAUGCCUUUGUCAAGCUUUCCUUGGCCAUCUGACAUAACAGAGACCGACUACCCUAAUGUACCUUUUGUCUCCUUGAUGAGAGCUCUGGCGAAUUCAAGGGUCGUAGGUAAAUUCCACUGUGUAGUUCGAGUGGUAGCGGUUUUUCCUUGGCUAGCUGAAGAUUUCCGUUCCCCUUCUGGGGUUUAUAGGAUCAGGUUGACCAUAGAGGAUCCAACUGCCAGAAUCCAUGCAUAUCUGUAUAAAGAGGAUGCGGAGCAGUUUUUUGAUGGCUACCCCUCUGUUUAUGCAUUAACAAGAAAGAGGAAUUUGCUGCUUGGAACUUCUCAAGGCGAUGAUGCUAGUGAAAUGAAUGAUUACUUUAGAAAUCCACCCUGGAUCAGGUGUUGCUUAAAGUCUUAUCAUAUCGAUGACAGCGAUGCCUGGGGAAGUAGGAAUUUUCGAAUUUUUGCUACCACUCUGAAAUUAUAGGAGAUUGUCCGUUUUUAUUCGCCUCAAAUGCUUUCAAUUAACAUAUGUACUUUGGCCUCUUCUGCAUAUAUACUGAGGCAGUUGCUAGCAAGUAGCUUAGGAUGAACUAACCGUUUUUGCAUUUGUUUCUGUAAAUGUAGUAAUGUAUUCAUGCUAGCACAUAAUAGUUUUGCUGUUGUAAAAGAAGCUUAAAGUUCCCCGUCAUGUGUUGACUUCCUUCAUUAUGA